CAAUGCGUGUACAUGCAAUCAUUCAGAAUUUGAAAUCCGUGGGAAACGAAAUUCACUACAUUAAACAUUUGCCUUUUUUGGCAAAGCAAAACACAGGAACUAAGGUCCCGUUUCCAUGGUUUUCCGGUAUGCUGAGCUAACAGCACCGCCCAGAUUUCUACUCUUCUCGAGCAAUAUAAGGUUUUGCAUUUCACUAUUGGUCUAGUCAUUGGGAGAAAUUUAUCAUGGAUGGCAAAAAUCACCAAGGCGGAAAAGCGUAUGGCGUCCUGAAAAGCAAUCAAGAGACUAGCUUAGAUGAAAUAAAUAAAUCUUUUAUUAACACUGGUGAUUAUGAUGAUGAAGAAGAAUGGCCAGACAUAGAGGGAACCUUGAACUCGUACAAACAGCAAUUUAUGGAAUUCGACGAAGACAAUUCCGGCGACAUCGAUAUCAUGGAGCUGAAACGUAUGAUGGAAAAACUUGGACAAGCAAAGACGCAUCUUGAAUUGAAGAAAAUGAUUGCUGAAGUUGAUACUACAAAUUCAGGAACUAUUACAUACGAGGAAUUCCUGCAUAUGAUGCUGGGGAAAAAGUCAUCUAUUUUGAAAAAGAUCCUGAUGUUCGAAGCUCUUAUGAAGGAAAAAGAACGUCCAAAAGGAAUUCCUCCAAAACGUGAUUUAUCAAGCUUGCCGUGAUAUUUUGAUUGUGCAAGAGUAAUUCGAAAUAUCAACUCUUAUAGUUUAGUUUUCUGCGAUGACUAAUUAAGAAUUUUUUACACCUGGGGCCGGUUGUUCAAAGCUGGGUUAGCGCUAACCCUGGGUUAAAUCUUACCCCGCU